UUUCCCUGUCGUUAGCUGACUAAAAGAAGACUGCACAAUUUCUCGGGUGAUUUUGAAAAAAACAACCAAAACAACUUUCUCUGUUCCAAGUGACGCUGCUCAAAGCAAGAUGGCGACAGGUCUCCGGGUGAUACGGGGUCCUGACUGGUCGUCUGGAAAUAAAGAUGGCGGAGAGGGGCAUGUCGGGACGGUGGGUAUCCUACGGAACGGACCAAACGGCUGAAAUUAUCUGGGAUAAUGGAAACCAAACAACCUCGAGUAUAGGGAAAGACAACAAGUUUGACCUGAGGGUGUUGGACAACGCUACAGUUGGUAUUCGGCAUCAGAGCAUCAACUGUGACGAGUGCGAUGAAGUGGGUGUUGUGGGCAUGCGCUGGCACUGUACGAGAUGUGACGACUAUGAUCUGUGUUCGCUGUGCUACGUCACGGGAAAUCACGAUCUAACACAUCCCUUCACCCGUUACGACACCCCCAAGUCGCAACCGGUGACUGUAUCUGCGAGAAAUAAAAGCCUGAAGGUGAACGCUCUGGGAAUAUUCCCGGGGGCCACUGUCGCUCGUGGGGCUCACUGGGAGCAGAAUGAUACAGACGGUGGGCAUGGCAAGACAGGCACGGUGGAAUCAUUGGUUACGCCGCAUCCUAAUUCACCAAGGUCAGCUGUGAAUGUCAAGUGGCAGUCAGGGGAGGUCAGUGUUUGUCGUGUGGGUUACGAGGGGAAGGUGGACAUCAAGUACACAGAUGAAGCGCCUGGGGUGGAGUACUACCUACAACAUCUACCCGUUUUAGAUGAUGUCGGCGCUAAGGCUCCUAUUGACAUCACACCAUCAGACUUAGAGCUGAAAGUGGGAGACAAAGUCUGUAUAGAGUUAGAGGCAUCAGCACUGAAACAAAUCAUGGAAGCCGGAAGUUUGUGGUCUGUUGGGAUAGCCAAGUGUAUUGGACAAACUGGAGUGGUGACAAGUUUCGCCGCAAACGGAGACGUGAAUGUUGAGUUUGGACAGAUGAAGUACAGACUAGUGCCCAAAGUACUGAGGAAGUUCGAACCUCUAGAGGCUGGAAGUGUUGUUAGAAUCACCGAUGACAUAAGCAAGGCAAAGAUGUUGCAGGAAAAUCACGGAGGAUGGGUGGAUGAUAUGAGCAAGGUUUUGGGUAAAGUGGGCCGUGUUAAGAAACUCGACGCUGACGGCGACGCAGUUGUUCUGUUUGGCAGACAACAGUGGAAUUUCAACCCGGCGUGCUGCACCCCAGUCUCCGCGUCGGAACUGCUCUCGAAGUCAGACUCCGAAAAUGAUUCUGAUUCUGAUGAUUCUGAUGACGUAGGACUCACAGAGUGGUCACCUGAUCUAGCGAUCAACCAAUAA